CCUAAGUCUAGAGUCCCAAUCAUGGAACCAUUCUGCGCUUUCUGUCUCCGCGCGAGUCCUGCCAACGUAGAGUUCUUCAAGCACGUCGUUGGCAGUACCGUCGAACUUCGCCAGUCGUUCCAAGCGAUGCUGGGGUACAACUUCCUUCUGGCAAACUUUUCCAUCUGCAAUCCGUGCUGGAAGCUCAUGCAGUUGGUCCAAGACUUCCGGACACGGUGCUUCAAAGCCAAUUCUUUGGUGGAACGAAUCGGGCAAGGCUUGAGCAGUGAGGAUGAUUGGUUCUCUGCGAAAAAUUUGGCCACCAUCGAGAGCGUCCGAAUGGUGAUCAAGGAUCAGAUGCAGCAAAUAGGACGUGUGGAUGUUACCUGGGACGAGUUUCAAUCAACUGAAUACGACAUGAACGUGGCACAGAAGGAGGAUCUUGUAUCUACGAUAGAUGUUGGAGAAGUUAAGAUUGAGAUCGAGACAGAAUCAGGCAGGGAUUCAUCAGAAGAAGUAUCGAGCUGCACAUCCAACGAGAAUGAACCGUUAUCAGAACAGAUUUCAUUGGAUGUACAAAAUUGCAACAAAUGCAAGCGAUUGUUCGUAAAUGAGAGAGCUCUUAGAGUCCAUUUGCAAAAAUGUACUGGAAAACAAGUUGCAGGACGUCUGAAAACGUGUCAUAUUUGUUCAGCUUCGUUUGUUCUCAAAUCUCAACUCCACGCACAUUUGAACAUCCACGAAGGAAAAACACCAUAUAAAUGCAACUGCUGCAAAAAAGCAUUCGUGUGUCCUAAGACAUGCGCAAAACACCAGCAAAAAUGCGUCAAACAAAUCCAGAGCUGCACGAUAUGCAAGGAAAAAUUACCCAACAAUAAACAGCUUAUGGACCACUACAGAAGGGUUCAUCCGGGAGAACAGCGGCACAAGUGUUUCCAGUGUGAGUUGCGAUUCACGGCCAAAUUCACGCGCCAACAACACGAACGCAGACACCAUCCGGAAUGUCUCACCGAACACAUCUGUCCGGAGUGCGGAAAGCGAUUUUCCCGCGAAGGGGACCUCAAGUACCACAUCAAGUAUCACCGGCUAGAGAGACCCCAUCAGUGUGAAAUCUGCCAGAAGCGGGUCACCAGCCCAAAGGCCCUCCAGGAGCACGUGGCCAGGAUGCAUCCCGAACUUGCGACCGAGCAAAGUUUGCGACGUGUGGCCCAGAUGCAGCGAGCAACGGACAAAAGGAAAGCACAGUACAGUAAGAAAGAUGUAAGAGAAGACAUUUUAAACAUUUGAUAAUGUUGAAAAUACAAUAGGGACAAGUUGUAAAAUACGGACACGAAAGCGUUGAAUCUUCAUUCGAGAACAGAAAACUGAUAAAGUCGGCAAGUAAACCCAAAAGAAACAGAAAUGUUCCAAAAUCUGUAAUUCUAAGAUUCCUUGGCUCAAGCAGUCUUUUUGAGUUCUAUAAAACAUAUUAAAAAAAUAGAAAAUAAAAAAUUACGCACCUCAAGAAACAGAUUUUCGUAUAUUUACGUACCCUUUUGUAUGA